AAUUAUAUUUCCUAAUACUACCCGUACACCAAAACCCUUCCCUCCCAUUAUAUAUCACACGCACACAACACAAAAAGAUGGAAAAAGAGAGAAACAAACCUACGGAAUACUUUGUGCGACGGUAAAAGAGAAGGAGAGAACAGCCGCAGACCAGAGUCGGAAGGAAGGAGCUCGACACCGCCGUCGUCGUCCUGUGUCGCCGCUGCCAUUGGGAUCGCCGGAAACAGCCCAACCAAUUGAUUCUUGUUUUGCUUAAUUCGUCUAAUUAUCGAGGUAAUAUGAAUGAUGAAUAAGGAAAUAUCCUGGAGGGCAGCAAGGGCAGAGAGAACCUAAAUUAUAAAGUCGUUCAUAAAGAAUGGAGUUUACUUGCCAAUGCCCUUUGGUUCCACGGUUGAGUAAUCUCCAACUGGGGCACCCCUUCCACCGGCAGAAAUUUUUAAGAUGGAGAUCUGUGAAUGAGUUGAGGAAUUCAAAUGGCGAACAAUAUCAGAGGCCAUUAUAAUAGGACCCGAAGGGCAUUUCCUCAUUCAAUUGCUCUCUAUAGUUUCCUUCUUUUUGCUUUAUGGGUCUUCAUAUUUACUUUUAACAGCAGAGAAAUCUUUGAGGAUGCCCAGAAACCUCUCUUUUUAUUGGAGCCCGAGCAGAAGGAAGCUGGACAUCUAUGGGGGGCUCCUUAUAGCAAUGGUUUACAACCUUGUGUCAAACCUACUGUUAAAUAUAAAGCUACAAAUGGAUGGGAUAAGUACAUGACUGUUAAAAGUAACGGGGGUUUAAAUCAGAUGCGCACCGGGAUAGCUGAUAUGGUUGCUGUGGCGCAUAUGAUGAAUGCAACUAUGGUGAUCCCACAGUUGGAUAAGCGUUCGUUCUGGCAGGAUUCGAGAUAUAUUUGAUGAAAACCAUUUCAUCGAAAUGUUACAAGGAGAUGUCAGAAUUAUUAGGACGCUUCCAAGAGAAUUAGAAUCUGUGCAUAGAGCAAGGAAGCACUUCACAUCCUGGUCCAGCAAGGGCUAUUAUACUGAGAUGAAGCAAUUAUGGAAGGAAAAUCAGGUCAUUCAUGUUGCUAAAUCCGAUUCUCGACUUGCAAACAAUGAUCUGCCUCUUGACAUUCAAAGACUAAGAUGUCGUGCUUUAUACCAUGCUCUCCACUUUUCUCCUCCCAUUGAGAGCCUUGGAAAGAAGCUUGUGGAACGGUUGAGGUUACGAGCUUCAAGGUACAUUGCACUUCAUUUGCGGUACGAAAAGGACAUGCUGUCUUUUACAGGCUGUACUUACGGCCUUGCUGAUAAAGAAGCUGAAGAACUUAGAGUAAUGAGGGAGAAUACAAAUCAUUGGAAGAUCAAGAAUAUCAAUUCCAGUGAGCAGAGAAUUGGCGGUUUAUGUCCUCUUACGCCCAAGGAGGUUGGGAUAUUUCUUCAAGCUCUUGGUUAUCCUAUGUCAACAUUGAUUUAUAUCGCUGCUGGAGAAAUCUAUGGUGGUAACACACACCUUUUAGAGCUAACAUCCCGCUUUCCAAAUGUAGUUUCAAAGGAAAUGCUUGCAACCACAGAGGAACUGAGACAAUUUUCCAAACACGCAUCUCAAAGUGCAGCAAUUGACUAUAUUAUCUCUAUUGAGAGUGAUGUUUUCAUUCCAUCACAUUCUGGUAAUAUGGCAAGAGCAGUGGAGGGGCAUCGCAGAUUCCUAGGCCACCGCAAGACAAUCACUCCUGAUAGGAAAGGCCUUGUGGAAAUAUUUGAUCAGCUGGAAGCUGGACGUCUUAAAGAAGGGCCAUUUUUAUCACAUCUUGUGAUCACAUUGCACAAGAACAGACAAGGUGCUCCUAGAAAGAGAAAAGGUGCCCCCGAAGGUAUCAAAGGUCGGGCACGCUUCAGGUUCGAAGAACCUUUUUACCAGAACCCAUACCCUGAAUGCAUAUGUGCUCCCAAGAUGACUCCAAGCUGAGGGAGGGAGGCCAUGGAUUCUCCCACUCUCUCUUCAACUUACCAGAAAUAAAUAAUUCAUUGUUUCUUAUAUUAAAAAAAACCAAGAAACACAAAACCAUCUUAAUGUUGCUUCUUUGUAUAUCUCAGUUUCUGAAUAUUCUUCUCCCUUUACUAAAUUGUUACUUGCUUU